AUGACGUCGUCGUUCAGUCAUCAGAAUCCGUCUUCUGAAUCCUUAGAGCACGCUCUAACGGAGGCGGCAUCUGAAAACGCUUUGCUACGUCUUCAAGUAUCGGACUUGAAUUCGGCGGUGGAGAAGAUGAAGCAAGACUACGAGCUGGAGAUUCUGAAAUACACGAAAGAGGCAAAAACGGCGGGUCUUAAAGCAAAAGUGGCGGCGACGGCGAGGAUUAAGGAGUUGGAGAGCUCCCUGGAGGAGAUUAACGCGAAAUUUGAGGAUCAGACGGAACGUCUCCAAGAAGAGGUCGACACUCUCCGCUCGUCCCGAAACUGGGAAAUUGAGCAAAACGGACAUUUAAAAGACCAAGUGGCUCAUUUAAAGGAGAAAACGUUCAAAUUGACCGAAGAGCUGGAUGCCAGCGAGAAAGCCAAGCGAUCGCUAGACUCGGAAGUCGAUGAGUCGAAUAAGUUGAUGGAAUUGAUGGUCGAUGACUUGUUGCAGGAUAUAGAUCGUUUGAAAGAGGCGAUCGUCGCUCAGGAUCGAUUUAUCGAGAUUCUGGAGGCGGAUAUUGUCAUCUACGAGCAACAUAUCGGUCUGUUGCGAGAAAAUUUGGGAGCGUCGCAGAUCGAUCAUCGUGCCCUAAUCAAAUCCAAAGCGUUCGAGACGAAAUUGUUGGCACUGGAACGCGAAAAAGAACAAAGUGCAAAGAAAUCGAAUGAAGAUCGUCUGAAAACCAAAGCUCUUGAUAAGAAAUGUCGUGUACUCGUCGAACAAAACGAACAAUUGAUGGCUCGACUAUGCGAAUUGGAGAUGUCCCACCGUACUACAGACGGAGGAGGAGGAGGAGAGAUGGAAACGGCGACACGACGAAUUCAGGAGCAAGAGGAGAACAUUCGACAGAUCUCGUCGGCGUUGGAAUCGGAAAGAGACGUUAGUCAGCGGUUGAGAGAGGCCAAGGAGGCGUUGGAGAAGGAGUUGAUUGGGAAGAGGAAGCAGGAGGAGAGCCAACAGAAUAGGAUUCAGAUGGACGUGGAAAUGAGCAGAAUGCAGGCGCAGAGCAAAAUCGACGAAAUGUCCGUUGAAGUGGACGCGGCGCGUCGCAAGGUGACAGAGGUGCAGGCGGAGGUUGAGCAGCUGAGAGCCACCAAUUUUGACCUUCAAAUGACCAUCGAAACGGCAAAACGAACCAUGGAAGAACUCGCCGACUCGAAUGAGCAAUUUGAGAAGCAAAUUGAGCAAAUCGAGGAGGAGCAAGAGGAGAAAGAUGAGGAUUUGAAGCAGGCGAUUUGGGACGUCGACACGUUGACACGACAGAAUGAGGCAUUGAGGGUCGAGUUGGACGGUGCACGACAAGCGUUCCAUGAGACACGAGCCCUGUCAGAAGAGGUCAAAUCCAUGAAGGCCGAUCUUCAGAAGCAACAAGAAUUCCAAAGAGCUCAAUUCGAAGGUUCAUGCUCCAGAAUUCCAGAAGCAGAAGACGUUCCAGAACGAAAGACGUCGUUAGAAGUUCAACAAGAGGAAUACAUUCAAGCUUACGAAGAGAAAAUCGAGGAUAUCAAUCUGGAGAUUGCUCAGCUCAAAAAAGAGCUUGAGCUGAGCAAUGGGAGGGCGCCACAACGAAAGACGACGGCGGUUUUGGAGCCGCCGAGUGUGGAAAAGAUUGUGGAGCAGAUUCAGAUGACGUCGACGUCUUCAGCUCCUUCAGAAUCUCAAAUGACGUCUUCGGAAGCUUCUCCAGAGCUCCUUCGAGCUCAUGAGCAGCUAAAGAAGGAGAUAGAGCAUUUGAAGACCAAGAAUGCAGAUUUUACGGAGAAAAUGGAGGUUUCCAAACUAUCUGGUGAGCUGAACGUGGAGCUCGGCCGUGCGAUGCUGGAACUCGAGGAGCACAACGAACUGCUCCGGAAAGAGCAAGCGGCUCAAUCGGCUGAUGACGUGGCGACGGGGCGAGAGUUGGAGCUUCAUGUGAUGAUGGUCCAGGAGAUGACGGAGCAGAUAGCAUCGAUGCAAGCCAAGAUUAAUGAGAUGGAGGCGGUGAAAGAGACGCAGAGAAACGAGAUGGACCAAUUGAGAGGGGAAGCCACCACUGCCCAAUCCGAAGUGCAUCGUGUCAACUCGGAGCUCCAACGAAUGCUCCACAACCUUGCCGAGUCGGAAAUCGCGAGAAAAGAUGAAUUCGAGACGUCCAACGCCGCCCACGACGAGGAAAUUCGAGAAUUUUCCAUCAAAAUGGAAGAUUCCAGAAGACAAAUUUCGGAUUUGGAGGUGAAAUUGAAGGAGGCGGAGGAGGAAUUGAGCAUUGCGAUGGACAAGAUUGCUCAGUUGGAGGUGGAGAGGCAGCAGAUGGCUUCAGGAGCUCCAGAAGCUCAAGGAGCUCAAGGAACGCUUCAGAUUGCUCAGCCGUUGACUUCAGAGGCUCCAGAAGCUCCAGAAGCUACAGUAUCUCUUCUCCACAACGUCACGAGCGAUAUGAACAAGCUUAUCGAGCUGAAAGACGAGCUGGAAAUCGCCGUUCAAGCUCUAAAAGCCGAGAUUUGGAGUCUGAAUGGCCAGCUGAAGGCAUCGAUUUUGGAUCGAGAGGGUCUCGAGGACAAAAUCACGGAGCUGGAUGAUCAGGUGGAGCGGGAGAAGAAACGAGCGAUCGCUCUAGACGUUGAGCUACAGGAACAGGUGGAUUUGACGGAUCGAGCGGUCCGGAGAGCAGCCGAGGCGGAGAAUGAGUCGAAUCAUAGGAUGGCUGAGUGUCUGGAGAAUGAGACGAUGAGAGAAGAAAUCGAACAAGCUUAUACCCGGCUCAACGAGUACUACAAUCAACUCCAGGAGGCUUACAACACGGUGUACGCUCAAUUGGCUCAAUCUCAAGCUGAAACCACACCAUCUGACCACCCAACAACGUCAUCUGCCCAUCUGACGUCUUCUGAUGCUCCAGAAGAGGUGGAGCUCACCCAAGUGAUCGAUGGAAUUCUGACGAUUCUUUUGAUCUCCAGAGACCCAUCGAUCUCACUGAACACCCGCCAAAAAAUGGAGAAAAUCGCUGAAAAACUGAAACAACUGCUGAGCGAUUACGAAGAGAAUCAGAAGGCGUUGGAGGAGCAGAGAAGGAUUACUGUAGCACUGGAGGCACGUCUUCAAACACUCGAAACGGCGUCAGGGUCUCCAGAAGUGGCAACGACGACACGACAGAGAGUGGAGGAGUUGGAAGGAGAGAUUGAGUGGAAAGAGGAGGAGUGUGAGGCACUGAAGAGGAGGAUUCGAGAUCUGGAGAAGGCGUUGGAGGCGGUGGCGGAAAGAGCAGCUGACGAGACGGAAGCGGCCGCUGUGAGUCGCCUCUCGACGGAACUCGCCAUUUUAGCCGCCCGUCUGACGACACGACAAGCCGACGUCGACUCGCUGUUCCGAACCAAUGCAGAGCUGGCUCAUACGAACGUCCGAUUGCAGAAUGAGGUGGAUGAGAUGGAAGAGGUGAAGUCGAGGAUGAUGGAGGAAAAAGAGCAGUUGGAGCAGCAUGUGAAAGAGCUCGAGGAGCAAGUUGCCGACCUCAUGGAGCAGCAUGAGACGCAUCUCCAACAAUCGGCACUUCUCCAAUCGACGACGCCGAUUUUGACGACGUCAUCAGUUUCACCGAAUCCAGAUUCAGAACGCGCCGCCCAGAAGCUAGAAGAAUCUGAAAAAGAGAUUCAGCGUCUUGCUGGAAUUGAGAAGACGUUGAAUAAUCGGAUUCUGGCCCUGGAAGAUCAGAAUCUAGAGCUGGAGGAGAAGGUUCAAGAGAUUGAGGACGAGAUGAUGACGGUGAAGGCGGAAAUGGCGGAAAUUGAAAAAGCUGAGCAAUCGGAGAAGAAGGCUGAGCAAUGGGACGAUUGGGGAGAGGAGAAGGAGGAGAAUGAGCCGACCCCAGAGCUUCAGGAAGCGCAAUCUGAAGUUGGACGUCUUCUGGAGGUUGAGAAGGCGUUGACGAUGAGGCUGGAGAUGCUCCAGAUGCACAAUAAACAAUUGGAGGGGAGAUUGAAGGAGUUGGAAGUGAGCAAGGCUACAGUAACCCAGAUAGACCCACCGAAACAAACAGAGGAAGCGCCCCAAACACAGAAGCAGGAUGAUGAAUGGGGAUGGGGAGAGGAUGAUAAUGAACAGCCAUCUCAACCAUCGUCCACGCCCCUCCAGAAUCCAUCAGAAUUGGAGAACGCAAAAUCAGAAGUCACCCGACUCGCUCAAAUCGAAAAAAUCCUGAACAAUCGAAUUUUGGCUCUAGAAGACCAGAAUCUGGAGCUUGAGGAACGUCUUCAGGAGUUGGAAGACGAGCUGGCGGAGGAGAAGAAAAAGAAGGGGGCGGAGCUUGAGGAGGCGAAGCCAGAAAAACCAAAAGAAGAAGAAGACAAUUGGGACGAUUGGGGAGAGGAAUCUGAGGGCCAGAAGAAGAAGGCGGAGGAUGGCGUCACGUCUUCUGAACUGCUCCAGAAGACAAUUGAAGAGCUCCAGAAGCGCGUGGACUUCCAGAAAGAAGUGAUUCAGAAGGCCGAAGCGGAGCUGAUCGAGAUUCAGGAUAAGUACGACGAGCUGGACGAAGCCUAUCAGCAAUCUCAAAAUGCACAAAAUCCAAAUGAGCAGUUGCUCGCCGAGCUGGAAUCGCUGAAAAUGCAAUUGGAGCAGUCCCAUGCGGAAAAACAAGAAAUGAAGCUGAAAUUGGAGACGAUCGAGGCGGAGAAGAGAGAGCUGGAGACGCAGAUUGCGGAGAUUCAGAAGGCGUUGGAUCAGAAGACGUCGGAGAUUCAGAAGACGUCCGAGAAUGAUGAUGAUGGCUGGGGAGACGAAGGAUGGGGAGAGAGUGAUAAUGAGGAGACGAAGAAGGAUAAUGAUAAGGAGGUGAAAACUUCCCAAAAAAUCGAUUUCCUGGAAUCAGAAAAGACGAAAAUCGAACAAGAACUGGACCAGACGAUUCAGGAACUGGACGACGUCAAACAGGAGCUGAUUCAGAAGGAGAAGGAGAUUCAGAAGACGUCGGAAGAAGCCACGUGGAACGACGAUGCCUGGAACGAUGAUGGAGAGAUUGAGCGAAUGCGAGAGACGCAAAAGAUGAUGGAAAUGCGAGUGGAAGCGUUGCAAGACGAGCUGAAAAACGUUAAGGAACGGGAGAUUGAGGCUAGAAUUGGCUGA